AUGGCCAACAUUGCCUUGACGCGCGUACAAAAGUUGGAAGGGUCACAAGAUAAUGUUCCAUUCGACUUCUUCUUUCUUCAUCGACAUCCAGACUCUGUGGACGAUAUGUGGAAAGAAGUUCGAAUCUCAGUUUUUCUGCAAGGCGACGGGUCUCGGGCUCCGAGGGUCAGGUGGCUUAGCUCAAACAAAAUUUCCCCUGAGGUGUUUUGCGGCCUGAUUCGCCGUCGAGAGCGUGGCCGGUUGAUUUUCAACGCUGCAAAUGAUGGUCUUGUCUACGAGCGAGCCGAUCUAGACGUUGAGCAGCUCAAGAGGCUGUUUCUGCUCAAAGCAUCAAGCGUGUCUCUCUCGACUGUUCUGAAGAAGCGGAAGUUGCACGGAGAUGUGAAGCUCAAAUUAUUGCUCUCCUACCUCCUCGCCAAGGCCAUAUGGCAGUUUUACGACUCUGAAUGGAUGGCGUCAAGCUGGUCAAAACACUCUAUACACUUUAUGCGCGAGCGUCUCAAUGGCUCCUCUAGCACUGGAGAAGUCUUGGCCUUAAUACAUAAGCCGUACUUUGCGACCGAGCUGUGGUCGCCACCCAAGCCGUCUGGAUGCAUACCGCAGAAUGAGCUCUCAGACAAGCAGGACUUGAUGCAGCGAUUUCCAUCUGCAACACAUUUGCACCCAAAAAUUCUGGCUUUGGGGAUCAUGUUGUUGGAAAUUGAGCUCGGGGAGGGCAUUGAAAUACAUCGGCUCGAUGAGGCCCAUGGGGACGAUGAUCCAAUUGAAAAUGAUGAUCAUUAUACCGCCGGCAAAAUCAUCCUGUCACCUAUGUGGCAGAGACGAAAUGUAUACCAGGCAGUCAAAGAGAUAAUUGAGAUUUGUCUGAAACCAGAUAAGGGGAAAUUUGGCUUUCAAGAGGGGAUUGCACACAGUAAUCUCUACAUCUAUGUCGUGGCGCCUCUUGGGAGGCUUUUCAAAGAGGCUUGGUCUCAUGAUACAGAUCCGGAGUCGUGCAUUCCGGAACCAGUUUCAUUCAAGACGACAGAUUUUCCAGCCGAAGCUCGUGGUCCCUCCGAUCUGCGGACAUUCAUACCUGACGAUAUCAGUCGUACCCAAUCUCUGGACUCGGAACCGACCACCUGUCCAACAUCUGCAGCACCCGUACUGACCUCAACCGUUCCGAUCCGGAGUAGACAUGAUAUAGGUACAAACAUGUCCAACUUGGAGGACGGUGAACUAUUAGGCGACGAGGACGGUGAAACCACCAUCGCAGCUCGACGGAAAAACACGGACAAGUGGUUUUCGAACUUCCAGACGUUGCUUGUGAAGUACCGCCUCCUCGGCCGCGGUCGCGACGAACGGAUGAAAGUGGCCAUAUUGGACUCGGGUAUCAAUGUCAACCAUCCCGAUUUUAGCGAUGAAGAUCGCGAUCGAAUAAAAGAAAGAACUGCAUUCAUCAAUAGCAACGCGGAUGUGGACGAAACUGGCCACGGAACCCAUGUAGCUGCAAUUGUCCUUCGCCUCACCAAGAACGUCGAUCUAUAUAUUGGAAAAAUCACAGACAAACCCAAUGUGAGCCAACGCGAAGAGAUUGCAAAGGCUCUCAAGGUCGCGAGGACGCAGUGGGGUGUACAUAUGAUAAAUAUGUCCUUUGGCUUUGACAGUGUUCGGAGCCCCGACAUCAUAGGUGAUGAAGUCCGCCAAUGUAUCCAUGAAGGCAUAAUGGUAUUUGCCUCAGCUUCCAAUGAUGGGGGUGAGGGUUUGCGUACCUACCCGGCCAAGUAUCCGGGAGUCGUUUGCGCGCACUCGGCAACGUGGAGAGGAAGCAAAGCUGAGCGGAACCCAGGGCUCGAGAAGGACCUGCGGAACUUCAGCUUUGUGGGCGAACACGUGCGACCGGUUUGGUCAGCCAAGAUGUCCAAGGACGAUGACCGGAUGAAGUACGCAUCUGGCACGUCUUAUGCAUCCCCGGUGGCCGUCUCGGUAGCAGCAUUCAUGAUUGGCUAUAUUCAAAAGGAGAUGCCAGAAUACCCGUGGGUGAUAAAGCCCUGGAGCCCAGAGGGGAUCAUGGCUAUUUUCGACAUGAUGGCUUCUCGGGUCGACGGGUACGACUGGGUAAGCCCAACCAGGUAUCUUAAAUAUACUAAGAAGGCCAAGAUUGUUGGCGAUCUGCAGCAAUACCUUGGGUAA